AUGAACGAGGAGGUGAUGAUUCACCGCCAGGUGAUACUGACCCAGAACUUGUACCAGAGCAGGUUUCUCGGGCUUGCAGCUAUGGCCUCUCCAUCUCGUGCAUCUCAGGGCAGGAGGCGAUGUAAGGACCCGAUCCGUCACAGUUUUAACCCUGAGCAGUUCCCUAAUGUGGACUUCCAGAACGGCGUGGCGGAGGAUCUGGCGGCGGCCGUGCUGCGCUCUACCAGCGACACUGACCUGCUGACAUCCCACUGCCGCUCCACCCUCACCGUUAGCACCUCCAGCUACACCAUCGGUCAGACGCAGGACAUCACCCUCAGCUGGGACAUCAAGGAGGAGGUGGACGCCGGAGACUGGAUUGGCAUGUACCUCAUUGAUGAGGUUCUGUCAGAGAAUUUCCUGGACUACAAAAACCGGGGUGUGAACGGCUCGCACAAAGGGCAGAUUAUCUGGAAGAUUGAGGCCAGCUCCUAUUUUGUGGAACCGGAGACUAAGAUCUGUUUUAAAUAUUAUCAUGGAGUUAGUGGAGCGCUUCGGGCCACAACACCAUGCGUGACUGUGAAGAACCCCUCUGCACCGGUGUUUAAGCCGGUGGCCACAGACGAUGUUCCUCAGAGUCAGGGAAGAAGGAGACUCAUCAGCUUCUCUCUGUCAGAUUUCCAGGCCACCGGACUGAAAAAAGGCAUGUUUUUUAACCCCGACCCCUACCUAAAGAUCGCUAUCCACCCUGGCAAACACAGCAUCUUCCCAGCGCUGCCUCACCAUGGCCAGGAGAAGAGAUCCGGCAUCGUCUGCAAUACCAUUAAUCCUGUUUGGCAGAGGGAGCGCUUUAAUUUUGUGUCUCUGCCUACGGAUGUGUUGGAGAUUGAGGUGAAGGACAAGUUCGCCAAAAGCCGUCCCAUCAUAAAGCGUUUCUUGGGCAAGCUGUCCAUGCCAGUGCAAAGACUACUGGAGAAGCAUGCUAUCGGUGAUCGAGUGGUCAGCUAUACUCUGGGUCGAAGACUUCCAACAGAGCAUGUCAGCGGGCAGCUGCAGUUCAGGUUCGAGAUCACCUCCUCCAUUCAUCCAGAUGAUGAAGACAUGUCUCUCAGCACAGAGCAGCCGGUGGCAGCAGCAGAAGCUCAAGCUCAGCCUCAAGCUGAAGACACCAUGAGUUUAGAUCUCGGAGCCCCGGAGCUGCCCUUAGAUGGAGAUACGGCUUCAGUCGAGAUGCCCAUGGAUGUUGAAUCUGGUCAGAGUUGUGCAGCUGAAGCAGAUGUCAUAGAGGAAGAGUGUUUAGAGGAAGAACAGCAGGAAGGAGAAGCAGCAGCAGCAGCAGCAGCAAUGGAGCAAAGUGAAACCAAUGCAGAAGAAACAACACAAGUCUUGGAUCCCAUCAAUGGCGCUGAAGAAGAAGAAGCAGAGAAUAAUUGCGCCUUUGCAGAAGAGUCUUCAGAUGCUCGCGCAGGAGAGGAAGAUGAAGCGAUUUCAGAUCCGCAGCCAGCUUCAGAAGAGCCGGAUGCGGAUUUAGAGGAAGACUGUUCACUGAGGAUCCGAACCACUCCAAGAAGGAAACCCCGUCCCUGCUCUUUACCUGUCUCUGAGCUUGAGACGGUCAUUGCUUCAGCCUGUGGGGAACCUGAAACGCCACGCUCUCAUUACAUCCGAAUACACCACCUGCUCCACAGCCUGCCGGCCACUCAACCGCAGACAGGAGACUCCGCCGGGCCUGAACCAGACCGACCAAUGGGUGUAGAGGAGGAAGAUGAAGAGGAAGAAGAAGAAGGUGUAACUCUUGAAGAUCAUGCUUUAACACCCAAUGGCCCUCGCAGGACUCUUCCUCGCAGCCGCUCUCACGAACGCCUCUCUGACCUCAUUCAGAUGCUGGAUGGAGAUGGACAUCCGCUUGGGGCUGAGGGGCAAACCGGAAAUCAGAGGUCACCUGAUUUGAGCCCAGUGGCGUGCUGCAGUCACAUGUCCCCGAGAGCUUCUGGUCCCAUUCGGGCACAAUCCCUAGACAGUGCGCGGAGGUCAGAGAGUACGGUGUUCUCCUCGCAGGAUGACGAGGACGAGAUGGAGCAGCCAAAUGGCAUUCUGGGAUCAGAGACGGAAACAGAGCAGGGCGCUCAAUGUCGGGAGCCAGGCGACGGGAGCUGUCAGUGGGAGGAGGCACCGGACAGUCACGUUCAGAGCCCUCAUGGCAUUGUGGGUAAUGGAGAAGUGGCCGGACCGAGCGGCAGACGAGAAUGUCCUUUGCCUUGUAACCACCCUGCAGUGAGUCAGCUGCCUGCCCUGCGGCCCGAUCCACACCACUAUCCCACCAUUGAUGAGCCGCUGCCGCCCAACUGGGAGGCCCGGAUCGACAGUCACGGUCGUGUGUUUUAUGUGGAUCACAUUAACCGGACCACCACUUGGCAAAGACCCACAUCUGCAGCCACGCCGGACGGCCUACGCAGGUCUGGAUCCGUCCAACAGAUGGAGCAGCUCAACAGGAGGUAUCAGACAAUCCAGAGGACGAUGGCCACCGAGAGGAGAGAAGAGGAAUCAGGAAGCCCCCGUAAUGACAGAACAGCCAAUACUGAGACAGACUCACCUCUGCAAACAAACGGUGACUUCACACACAUCACACAUAAUGAUCGUUCGUCCUGUUCAGUUAAAAGGUUGAGGAGAGACACCUCAUGUUCUCCAGGCCACUGUCAGAAGAUUACGUUACUGUUACAGAGUCCAGCGGUCAAAUUCAUCACUCACCCAGAGUUCUUCACUGUUCUCCACGCUAAUUAUGGUGCAUAUCGAAUGUUCACCAACAGCUCGUGUCUGAAACACAUGGUCCUGAAAAUUCGACGAGAUGCUCGAAAUUUUGAGCGCUACCAGCACAAUCGUGACCUGGUGACGUUUCUGAACAGGUUUGCAGACGCUCAGCUGGAGCUGCCGCGCGGCUGGGAGAUCAAAACUGACCCGCAGGGGAAGUCAUUUUUUGUAGACCACAACAGUCGUGCCACAACCUUCAUCGAUCCCAGAAUCCCCUUGCAAAACGGCAGAUUACCAAACCACCUGACGCACCGCCAGCACCUGCAGAGAUUACGCAGCUACAGCGCAGGAGAGGCAUCUGAGGUGUCGCGCACCCGAGGGGUGUCUUUGUUAGCCAGGCCUGGAAACAGCCUGGUAGCAGCCAUACGAAACCAAAGCCAGCAGGAGCCUGUGCCAUUAGCGUACAAUGAUAAAAUUGUAGCAUUUUUACGGCAACCAAACAUCUUCGAGGUGCUACAGGAGCGUCAGCCCAGCUUUGCCAGGAAUCACUCACUCAAGGAUAAAGUGCAUCACAUCCGAACCGAAGGCACACAGAGACUGGAGAAGCUGUCAUGUGAUGCUGACCUGGUCAUGCUGUUAAGUUUGUUUGAGGAGGACAUCAUGUCUUACGUUCCUCUCGCAUCAUUUCACCCCGGGUUCAACUUUUCACCUCGCUGCUCUCCUGGUUCUUCUCCCCAGAACUCUCCAGGGACCCAGAGGGCUCGGGCUCCAGCGCCGUACAGAAGAGACUUUGAGGCCAAAUUGCGCAACUUCUACAGGAAGCUUGAGGCAAAGGGCUACGGGCAAGGGCCUGGGAAGAUAAAAUUGAUCGUCAGAAGAGAUCAUCUUUUAGAAGGAACGUUUAACCAGGUCAUGGCCUACUCACGUAAAGAGCUGCAGAGAAACAAGCUGUACAUUACCUUUGUGGGAGAGGAAGGUCUGGACUACAGUGGCCCAUCGCGAGAGUUCUUCUUCCUGCUGUCUCAGGAGCUGUUUAACCCUUACUAUGGCCUGUUUGAAUACUCCGCCAACGACACAUACACAGUCCAGAUCAGCCCCAUGUCUGCUUUUGUGGAGAACCACUUGGAAUGGUUCCGCUUCAGUGGUCGAAUUCUCGGCCUGGCUUUGAUUCAUCAGUAUUUGUUGGACGCUUUCUUCACUCGGCCAUUUUAUAAAGCUCUUCUCAGACUACCCACUGAUCUCAGCGAUCUGGAGUAUCUGGAUGAGGAGUUUCACCAGAGCUUGCAGUGGAUGAAGGAAAAUGACAUCACUGAUGUGCUGGACCUCACCUUCACUGUCAAUGAGGAAGUGUUCGGACAGGUGACAGAGCGGGAGCUGAAGUCUGGCGGGACGAAUGUGCAGGUGACGGAGAAAAAUAAGAAGGAGUACAUUGAGCGGAUGGUGA